AAUUCUGUAUGUAUUCUGUGGCAACUGGCGGGCCGGUUGUAAGAUGGCCGUGGUACAGAAGACUGUUGACAUUCUUUUAUUGUCAUGAUUUUUUGGAUUUGAGUAUUUUUCUGAGAAUUUUGUAUUAAUUGAGUAAGUUCCUAAACCGAAGGAAUAACUACAAAAAUGAAUAGAAUUAUCAUUUCAACUAACUGAAACAAAAAUUUCCUGAAAGUUGAAAGCUAAGAUCCGAACUCUACUAAGUGACUUUUUUAUAUCGAUUUUGAAAAAUUUGAAGUGACUACAGGGGACCCCACAUAUUACGAUGCCUAAAACUCCUAAAAGAGUUUAUGAUCGAAACUCAGAUGAACCCUUUAUUAAGAAAAUAGAUUUAACAGACUGUGAUCGGAAUGGUAUUGAAUUAGUACCAGGUGAAAUUCUGAAAGAUUUAUCUGGAAAUGAAUGGAUACUUGGAAAAGCAAUAGGAUGUGGAGGAUUCGGAGUUAUCCAUGAAGUAUCCCAGAAAUGUAAAAAAGAAAAGAACAAAUAUGUUGUAAAGAUAGAAACUCACACAAAUGGUCCUCUGUUUACCGAAAUUAAUUGUUACUUGAGGAUUGGUAAAAAAGAAAUGAUCGAUGAAUGGACUAAACAAAAAAGUUUACCAGUUUUGGGCAUGCCUCAUUAUGUAGCGUCUGGCUCUCAUAUUUUCAAAGGCAUCAAAUACCGUUUUUUAGUUCUACCGCGAUUUGAAAAAGAUUUAGAAGCAAUCUUUGAGGAGAAGAAAAAGUUCAAUUUGAAAACUGUACUUCUUAUUUCAAGCCAGAUUCUUCAAGUUCUGGAGUAUAUUCAUGAGAAGGGUUAUAUUCAUUCUGAUAUUAAAGCCGCUAAUAUCAUGCUAAGUCAAGUGAAAACAUUAAGAACUAAAAAUACUUCAAGUGAUUUAUCGACUUAUUCAAAGUCACCAGUAGCAGACUCUAAAAAGAGGUGUCUCAAAUUGAGAAAUUGUAAAGUGAGAAAAGUGACUCAAGUGCUUAGACCUAAACGUUAUGAUACAAGAAAAGUAAAGUGUAUUGACUAUAACAUAGAUCAUUUAUUUGAUGUUUGUUCCUUGUUUGGGUCUGAAGAUGAAAUCGAAGAUCCUGAAGAAGAAGAAUACAAAAUCAAGAAAAUCAAAGUCAAGGAAGUUAAGAGGGAACAGCUCUAUUUAUUAGAUUUUGGUCUUGCAUCAAAAUACCGAUUGUCAACAGGAGAACAUAAAAAUUGCGAAGAUGAACGUAAAGCACAUGCAGGUACAUUACUAUUUUGCUCCAGAGAUGCUCACAAGGGUAUACAAUCCAGACGGUCCGAUUUAGAAUCUUUAGCUUACAAUAUGGUGUAUUGGUUAACGGGCUCCCUUCCCUGGAUUGACGAUCUGGAGAAUCCAGAAAUGAUGCAAAGGAAGAAAAGACACUGUUUUGUUGACAUAUCGGGAUUCCUAUAUUUUUGUAUGCCCGAUCCUCCCAGAAUAUUGAAGGAGUUCUUUCAAUAUAUAAAAGGAUUGGACAUCCAAGACACUCCGGAUUAUAAUGCAUGCCAGCAAUUCAUUAUGAAGGCUUUGAAAGAGCAUGGCUAUCACGAUCAAAAGUUUGACUUCGAUAAUGUUGAAGGUUGGGGAUUGAAUAAAAAAAAAGUUUCAGAAAAGGUCGGUCAUCCAGUGGACGUUUUUAAAAGGCCACCGCUACUUUCAAACAUGCCAGUCAAACCGAUACUCCGUAGAAAAACGAAAAAGACGAAAACCCAAGCGGCUUUGAAAUGGUCAAUGAUGCUUUCGGAUCCCGAGGUUCUUCUUAAGAAAGUUAAUAGGAAAGUGGAAACUAACGAUGCUCCAACCGUUUUGGACUUUGACUUGGAGGAAAUGAACCCCACACCGGCCAUGAGGGAGGUUUUCAAAAAGUACGAGGAGAGGAAAGGUCUGUCCCCUAACAGUUAUGGGGAAACCGAUUUGGGGGAUGUUCCGGACGGAUACACGCCCGCGAUGGCGGCUGUGCGACAGAAAGUUUUGGAGUUGCGAGAAUUGGAGGAGGCUGUGAAGGUGAAACCGAUCAAGAGGAAUAGGAAGAGGACAAGAAAAACUUCAAAGAAGAAUAAUAAUAAAGAAUCCAGCAAAUCAAAGCAGAAAUCUUCCCUGCCUACAAGAAUUUACAGCCUAAGGGGAUGAUAUCCAAAAUUUAUUUUUUACAUAAAAUAAGUACAUAUUUGAUGUUGUGAAUGUUGUUAAGUUGACGAAGAUUGUACUUACUCUUGAAUUAUAAACGUGUACUGCAUACAAAUUUGAACUUCCAUUCAAAAUUAGCAAAUUAAAAAGAAGGUUGUGAUAAAUGUAAGUGGGAACUUUUGUAGGAAAAUUUCUAGUUUAGCGUCUAAAAAAAAAUUUCAAUAUUUGAAGACAUUUCCUAAAUUAUUAAAUAACUUACGAAAUUUCGUCCUAUUUCAAUUAAUUCACUAUUUCAACCCAAAAUUAGUGUAGUCCCGGUCAAGAUAGAACUUUUUUAUGAUUUUAUCAGUUCGUACUAUUUAUUACAGAUUUCAAAUAUAUAUACGUAUAUCUUCAAUUUAUUCCAAAAUGUAAAUUACGAAGCUUAUUCAGCGAAAUAAUCAGCAUUGCACUGUUCCAUAUUAGUAUUGCAAUAAUUAUUCGAUUUGCAAACAGGAGGAGGAUAUAUUUUUAUUAUAAUUAGAAUGUAUAUAUCAUAAUUUGUUUAGUUCCAUAUUGUUUGUUAUGAAGACGAUAAAAAUUCUUUUACAUUUCACCUAAAUUAAAUAUUGUUAUACUUUAUUCUGAAAAUAUUUAUGUUAUGUUGAUUUCAAUCCUUAUGUUUUUUUUAUACUAAAAGUGUGUGCUUUGCCCUUGUUUAAAGAUUUUACAUGUUUUUUUUUAGUACUCAAUUAAAUAACUCUGAGAAUUCACUGACAAAUAUCUGCCGAAGAAAAUAUUGAAUGAAUGAUGAAAGUAAGUCAUUUAGAUUUAUGGUUAUACAUUGUUCUGUGAUUAGGAAAAAAAUACUAAACUUUGAUUUCCUCAAUAAAACGUAUGUUUAAAUAAAA